AUGGGCAAGUCACAGUCGAAGUUGUCCCCCUCCCAGCUGGAAGAACUCCAAAAGGCCACGCAUUUCGACAAGAAGGAACUUCAACAAUGGUAUAAAGGAUUCUUGAAGGACUGUCCGUCGGGGACACUCACCAAGGAGGAAUUCCAGAAAAUUUAUCGGCAAUUUUUCCCUUUUGGCGACCCGUCGUCAUUCGCAAAUUAUGUGUUCCGCGUGUUCGACUCGGAUAACAGCGGCAUGAUCGAUUUCAAAGAGUUCAUCUGCGCCUUGUCGGUCACGUCGCGCGGCAAGAUGGAGGACAAGCUGGACUGGGCCUUCCAAUUGUAUGACAUCGAUGGUGAUGGCAAGAUCACGUAUGACGAAAUGUUGGCGAUCGUUGAGGCGAUCUACAAGAUGGUGGGCUCGAUGGUCAAAUUGCCCGAAGACGAGGACACGCCGGAGAAGCGGGUGCGCAAGAUCUUCCGCAUGAUGGACAAGGAUGAGAACGGCAGUCUCGACAUGGAAGAGUUCAAGGAGGGCAGCAAGCGGGACGAGACCAUUGUCAGCGCGCUGUCGUUGUACGAUGGGCUGGUGUAG